UUUAAGUCUUUUAUGCAUUUUGAGUUUAUUCUUGUGUAUGGUAAUGCUGUCUUUUUAUAUGGCCUUGGUUUGGUUUACUUCUACUACAAUGCAUUUCACUGGGCAAUUAAGGCAUUUCAGGAGGUGCUUUAUGUUGAUCCCAGCUUUUGUCGAGCCAAGGAAAUUCAUUUACGACUUGGGCUUAUGUUCAAAGUGAACACUGACUAUGAAUCUAGUUUAAAGCAUUUUCAGUUAGCCUUGAUUGACUGUAAUCCCAGUACUUUGUCCAAAGUUGAAAUUCAAUUUCAUAUUGCCCACUUGUAUGAAACACAGCAGAAGUAUCAUUUUGCAAAAGAAGCCUAUGAACAACUUUUACAGACAGAAAACCUACCUGCACAAGUAAAAGCAUCUGUUUUACAACAGUUAGGAUGGAUGCAUCAUAAUGUGGAUCUGCUGGGAGACAAAGCCACCAAGGAAAGCUAUGCAAUUCAGUAUCUCCAAAAGUCAUUGGAGGCAGAUCCUAAUUCUGGCCAGUCUUGGUAUUUCCUUGGGAGGUGCUAUUCAAGUAUUGGAAAAGUUCAGGAUGCGUUUAUAUCUUAUAGGCAGUCUAUUGAUAAGUCAGAAGCCAGUGCAGAUACGUGGUGUUCAAUAGGUGUGCUCUAUCAGCAGCAAAAUCAGCCUAUGGAUGCUUUACAAGCAUAUAUAUGUGCUGUACAAUUGGACCAUGGUCAUGUAGCAGCCUGGACAGACCUAGGCACUCUCUAUGAAUCCUGCAAUCAGCCUCAGGAUGCCAUUAAAUGCUACUUAAAUGCAACUAGAAGCAAAAGUUGUAGUAAUACCUCUACACUUGCAGGAAGAAUUAAAUUUUUACAGGCUCAGUUGUGUAACCUUCCACAAAGUAGUCUACAGAAUAAAACUAAAUUACUUCCUAGUAUUGAGGAGGCAUGGAGCCUACCAAUACCUGCAGAGCUUACUUCCAGGCAGGGUGCCAUGAACACAGCACAGAAGGCUUCUAAAGCUCAUCAUCCAAAAACUGAACCUGUGUUAGGCCUCAGUCAAACAGCAAUUUUACAGCAAUCCUUGCCAGUACACAUGAUUUCUUCUAGCCAAGUAGAUGGCCUGUCCAGUCCUGCCAAGAAGAAAAGAACAUCUAGUCCAAUAAAGCACUUGGAACAGCUUCAGACAAAUAAAGAUAAUUUAAAUCCAGCACAAAAACUGAGGCUAGAACAGUUGGAAAGUAAUUUUGUCUUAAUGCAACAAAUGAGACAAACAGGACAAACUACUGGAAUUCCUUAUUGGCCAAUAGCUGACUCAUCAGUGCCUGCAAACUCUGUUUCUAUCCAGCAACCAUAUUCUCCUCUGCCGAGAGUAUCUAGUGUCUCUCAGCUUGAAGUUCACUCUGCUUGUUUUGAAAAACCUUUGUCCAAUGGACCUUUUUCUGCAGGCUAUGCUCCUUGCGGCCCACCAAAAAUGGUAGGGAGUGCAGACACUAUUUUGGUAGGCAUUAAUUAUGUAACAGGAAGUGGAAGUGAUGGAAAUGUGCCUUACCUACAGCAAAACACACUCACUCUACCUCAUAACUGCACAAACCUGACCAGCAGCACAGAAGAGCCAUGGAGAAAACAGCUGUAUAACUCCACUCAGGUGCUUCACAAAGGUCAGAGUUCACAUUUGUCAGGACCUAAUGAUGAACAACCUUCACUUUCCACUGGACCUGCCCAGUAUCUUCAGGCAGCUAGCACUGGUAUUCAGAAACAGACUGGACCUCGAACUAUGCCUGACAACUCAGUAACACAGGGAGCUGCUCUCAAUCACCUCUCUUCUCAUAUUGCUACCUCAGGUGGACAGCAGGGCCCCACCUUUACCAAAGAGAGCCAACCUUCAGGAAAUAGAUCUUUGAUGCCUGAAACAAGCAGACAUGCUGGAGACAAAUCUAAUGGCUGUGUUGUUGUCAAGGGACUUUCUAAUCAUGUUCAGCAGCUGACAGUAGAACCUGUUUGUGGUCCUAUCCAAGGAGAUUGUACAUCACCAAAUUUACUAAUAUCUGACAGUUCUCAUAUCUCUGCCUCAUUGACUGGAAAAGCCAGUGAUGUUGUGGUUACCGAAGCCUGUAACAAAGCCAGUAAUAUUCAUCCAGCUAUUCAUACAAAGACUAAUAAUUCUAUUACCUCUUCAUCCUCUUCAGUCAUUUUCACCACGACAUCUUUUUCAAAAUCCACUGAGCAGGCAACCACACACAGUGUUACCAUCCUUAACAGUCUUCAAAAUAGGUUACACACAAUUAAUAGAGAAGGACUAGAGAACUUACAGAGCUCUAAGAAACCAGACCUGCCUGUGAUUAGCCUCAAACCUGAUCCUCAGAUUAUACCAUCACUAUCUAUGUCUAUAUAUUCAAGUUCCACAGAAGUUCUGAAGGCAUGCAGGAAUUUAGGUAAAAAUGGAUUGUCUAAUAGUCACAUUUUUUUGGAUAAAUGUCCACCUCCAAGACCACCAACUUCACCAUAUCCUCCCUUACCAAAGGACAAGUUGAAUCCACCUACACCUAGUAUUUAUUUGGAAAAUAAGCGUGAUGCUUUCUUUCCUCCAUUACAUCAAUUUUGUAUAAAUCCCAAAAAUCCUGUUACAGUUAUACGUGGCCUUGCUGGAGCUCUUAAAUUAGAUCUUGGACUUUUCUCUACCAAAACAUUGGUAGAAGCUAACAAUGAACAUUUGGUAGAGGUGAGGACACAGUUGUUGCAACCAGCUGAUGAAAACUGGGAUCCCACUGGAACAAAGAAAAUCUGGCGUUGUGAAAGUAAUAGAUCUCAUACCACAAUUGCCAAGUAUGCACAGUACCAGGCCUCCUCCUUCCAGGAAUCAUUGAGAGAAGAAAAUGAGAAAAGAAUGCAACAUAAAGAAUAUUCUGAUAAUGAAUCUGCAGCUUCAGAUUUUUCUGGAAAGAGAAGGAAAGGACCUUUUAAGACCAUAAAGUUUGGGACCAACAUUGACCUUUCUGAUGACAAAAAGUGGAAAUUGCAGCUACAUGAGCUGACUAAACUACCUGCUUUUGUGCGGGUGGUAUCAGCAGGAAAUAUUCUAAGCCACCUUGGUCACUCCAUUCUGGGCAUGAAUACUGUUCAGCUAUACAUGAAGGUUCCAGGGAGUCGAACACCAGGUCACCAAGAAAAUAACAACUUCUGUUCUGUUAACAUAAAUAUUGGUCCAGGUGAUUGUGAAUGGUUUGUCGUCCCUGAAGAUUAUUGGGGUGUUCUGAAUCACUUCUGUGAAAAAAAUAAUCUGAAUUUUCUAAUGAGUUCUUGGUGGCCCAACCUUGAAGAUCUUUACGAGGCUAAUGUUCCUGUAUAUAGGUUUAUUCAAAGACCUGGUGAUUUGGUCUGGAUAAAUGCAGGCACUGUUCAUUGGGUUCAGGCUGUUGGCUGGUGCAACAAUAUUGCUUGGAAUGUUGGUCCACUUACAGCCUGCCAGUAUAAAUUGGCAGUGGAACGGUAUGAAUGGAACAAAUUGCAAAGUGUGAAGUCAGUAGUCCCCAUGGUUCAUCUUUCUUGGAAUAUGGCUCGGAAUAUCAAAGUCUCAGAUCCCAAGCUUUUUGAAAUGAUUAAGUAUUGUCUUCUGAAAGUACUAAAGCAGUGUCAGACAUUGAGGGAAGCUCUUAUUACAGCAGGAAAAGAGGUUAUAUGGCAUGGGAGGACAAGUGAUGAACCAGCACAUUACUGUAGCAUUUGUGAGGUGGAAGUUUUUGAUCUGCUUUUUGUUACUAAAGAAAGCAAUUCCCAAAAGACCUACACAGUACAUUGCCAAGACUGUGCACGAAAAACAAGUGGAAAUCUGGACAAUUUUGUGGUGCUAGAACAGUACAAAAUGGAGGACCUGUUGCAAGUCUAUGACCAGUUUACAUUAGUAAGUGAAAUCAACAUGUUCCUUCGUUAUCAUCCUCCUCCUCUUGAUAUUGCCCCAUGAAUGUUAAAUGAUGCCUUUUCUGCUCUUCUGGGAAGUUUUGCACCACUGGUUUUGUAGCUGUUUCAUAAGUCUGCUGACUAAAAGCUAUUCCUAUGCAACCUUUCAAGAACAGAGUGUCAUUCAGUUUGACAUAUGAGAGUACUGCCUCUACUCCAAGAUUCUCACAAAGCAUAUCCAUUUGUACUUAAUAAUAAACACAUUUCAUGAUAUGUGACAAAAAUGGUGAUUUUCAACAUACUAGUGACUUGACUCAUUU